AUUUUUUAUUUAAAAUAACACACGCUUUUCCCUAAGGAUAAAUCAUGUGAUCAAACAUAACCAAAAGUUAUGUGAUCAAAUAUAAACAGUAUAGAAUAAGAAUAAGAAUUAUAUAAAAUCAAUAAAAAAUUAAUUUUACUUAUUGAAAUAAUUAUUCAUAACGUUGGAUUAUUAUGGCAAAAGUUUGUUGCAUAUGUGAAAAAACAGAAUGUUUAUAUAAGUGUCCUGUGUGUAAAGAACCGUAUUGUUCCGUAGGUUGCUGUAAGAAGCAUAAAGAAAAUAAUUGUCAACCAUUCCAGAUUCAGGAAAAUAAAGUUACAGAAGAUAUAAAAGAUAGCGAGAAUGAAUAUGAAUUUCCAACAGAGGAUACAGUUUCGGUUGAAAAAUUGAAACAAUUGCGUCAUAGUAAAGAAUUAAUAGAAUGCUUAAAAAAUCCACAUGUUCGAAAUAUAAUGCGUGGUAUUUUAAUUGACAAGAAUCCAACAAAAGCUAUUGCUUUAGCUAUGACUGAACCAAUAUUCGUAGAAAUGGCAGAUGCAUGUUUGAAAGUUGUUGAACCUCAAAUUAGUGACGAUGAAUCACGUUGAUGUAUAUAGAUCUAUGUUAUAUUAGAUUAAAUGUUAUUAUAUAUACAUAAAUUAUACAAUAAAUGUAUGUAUAUAAAUAUAUAUACACAUAUAUAAUGAAA